AUGUCGGCCUCCGUGCCACCCGAGGAGCCGACCCCGCCCCCUCGUCCUUCGGCGAGGAGGAAACGCGCCGCCUCCCCUGUGGUUGAGGAAGAGGAGGAGGAGGAGUUCAAGGUCGGCGGUGACCUGGAGCUUAGCGAUGAAGGAGAAGGAGAUGACGAGGAGGAUGUGGGUGAGGACGAGUUCCCGGAGCUCGACAGUGGGAGUGAUGGGGAUGUUGAGGAGGACGGAGAGGAGGGAAGCGACGACGAUAGUGACAACGAGGCGAUCGAUGACGAAGACGACGGCUCCGAGAGCGGGUACAACUCGUCGGAUAUCGAGCGCAUGUACGAGGGCGAGGAGGGCGAGUCGCCGGCGACGUCGGUGGCAUCCGACUCGGAGGACGAGGAGACCAAGGCCUUGCCUGCCGACGAGCGGCUGUCCGCCAUGAUCGCGCGCAACACCGUCAAGCCGGACGACUCUGUCGGCGCCGAGGGUCCCCUCUCGCGCGCGAAGGAGAGCACCGGGCGCCUCGUGCCCUCCAAGCUCGUCCCCGGCGGCUACCGGCGCAAGUACCGCGACAUUGAGGCGGGCUACGGGUCCGAGUCCUCGACCGAGGACCACCCGAACACGAUCGGAAACGUGCCAAUGGAGUGGUACGACGACCUGCCGCACAUCGGGUACGAUGUGGAGGGCCGCAAGAUCUUCCGACCGGCCAAGGGCGACGAGCUGGACAAGUUCCUCGCCAACACGACGACGCUCGGCGCAUGGACGAGCGCCGAGGACAAGCUCAUGGGCACCAACGUCGAGCUUACGGACAAGGAGCUUGACAUCAUCCGCCGUCUCCAGAACGCCGAAAACCCCGACGCCGACUACGACCCGUACCAGCCCACUAUCGAGUGGUUCACUGGCGAGGGCAUGGAGCGUACCAUGCCGCUGAGCGCCGCACCGGAGCCGAAGCGCCGCUUCGUCCCGUCGAAGUGGGAGCACGAGAAGGUGAUGAAGAUCGUGCGCGCCAUCCGCGCCGGCCGCAUUGUGCCGGGCAAGCCCGCCGCCGAGAAGCCCAAGGUGUACGGCAUCUGGAGCGAGGCAGACCAGCCGCACGCCGACCAUGCGAUGUACAUGCCUGCGCCGCAGCUGCCACCGCCUCGCACGGCCGAGUCGUACAACCCGCCCGAGGAGUAUCUCCCGACCGAGGAGGAGCGCAAGGAGUGGGAGGAGAUGGACAAGGAGGACCGCAAGACCGACUUCCUGCCGGCCAAGUACGACGCGCUCCGCAAGGUCCCCGGCUACAAAAAUCUCGUGCAGGAGAAGUUCGAGCGCUGCCUCGACCUGUACCUGGCGCCGCGCACGCGCAAGGUCAAGCUCAACAUCGACCCCGAGAGCCUCAUCCCGAAGAUGCCCGCGCCGCGCGAGCUCCGCCCCUUCCCCACCACGGGUUGCGUGCAGUACCGACACCCGGGGAGCACGCGGGUGCGCUGUGUCUCGCUGUCGCCGACUGGCGACUGGCUCGCGAGCGGGAGCGAGGACGGUGUCGUGCGUCUCUGGGAUGUCGGGAACGGUCGCGAGGUUUGGCGCUGGAACCUCAAGGGCGGCCCGGUGCAAGGCGUCGCAUGGAGUCCGAACGCCGACGAGGCGCUCCUCCUCGCCCUCAUCGAGGGUCGUAUUGUUCUUCUCUCACCACUUGCGCUUGUUGCCCCCGCGGUCGCCGCCGCGACGCUUACGCACGCCAACGUCGGCUUCGCGAGCUCGGCGUCCACGACCAAGACGACGGGCAAGACGGGCACCGAGGCCGUCAAGUGGGUGCGCCCGGGUGAGACGCAGCGCGAGCGCGGCGAGCUCGUCUACGUCGAUGUGCCGGGGACCCCGCGCGCAGCCGCAUGGCACCGCAAGGGCGACUACUUUGCCACGGUUGCCGCGGACGCGGCGAAUAAAGCCGUGCUCAUCCACCAGCUGGGCAAGCACGCCUCGCAGUCGCCCUUCCGCAAGACACAAGGCACCGUGCAGCGCGUAGCGUUCCACCCCUCCAAGCCGUGGUUCUUUGCCGCCACGCAGCGCUAUGUCCGCGUGUACGAUCUCGCGGCGCAGAAGCUCGUGCGUACCCUCCAGACAGGUCUCAAGUGGAUCUCGUCGCUCGACAUCCACCCGGGCGGCGACAACCUCAUCGUCGGAAGCUACGACAAGAAACUCGCGUGGUUCGACAUGGAUCUUGGCACCAAGCCUUUCCGCACGCUGCGGUACCAUUCGCGCGCCCUGCGCGCUGUUGUGUACCACCCCACACUGCCACUGUUCGCUAGUGCUAGUGACGACGGUACAAUCCACGUCUUCCACGCAACCGUGUAUGCGGACCUGACAAAGAACCCGCUCAUUGUGCCGCUCAAGAUUCUGCGCGGGCACCGUAUUACCGACGGUCUGGGCGUGCUUGACCUUCAGUGGCACCCUGAGAAGUCUUGGCUGGUUAGCUCGGGCGCGGACGGCGAGUGCAGGUUGUGGUGCUCUUGA